AGGAAGAGUGCAGGGUGGAUGUGGGGUCCCAGCCUUGUUCGGUCCCUUUCAGCCCCAUUUCAUCCAUCUCCACCCUGAGGGCAGCAGGAGCCUCUUGGCACCGAUCAGCCCCAGGUAAGGAGGUUGGCUCCUGCAUGUCACCAUUAGGUCAGCAGCCCAUGGCACACUAGUUUGGCAUUGCCAGGAUCCUGGAGAACCCCACCUGCAGGGACAGUGGCCCUGAGCUGCCACCCCAGGCCCCCUCGAUGCAGCAUCCCAUGGGAGCCUGGCAGCCCCUCGGGGUGGUCCAGGGGGGAAGCCAAUGACACCCCUUAGCGAGGGCAAGGGAGGUCCCCCAAGCCUUCUCCAUGGGAACAGAGAUCAGUGUUUGCUCCAUGACAAAGCCUUAUCUGCAACCUUUACCCGUGUUUGCUCAGACCCUCUGGCCAUUGGGUGGCCGGGCCUGGCUCCCCCCAAGACAAGGUACAUUCCUGCUGCAGGACAGGCGGCGCUGGCUCAGCACAUCCUGCCGGGGCAGCCAGGCCACAGCACACCCCGAGCCCACGGCCCAGCACAUCCUGCCAGGGCAGCCAGGCCACAGCACACCCCAAGCCCACGGCCAGCACCCAGCGAUGGAGGCUGGCGAUGGCACAGAGGAGCCCCCGCUGCCCCUGGCACUGAGCAGGUUCCAGGUCUCCGAGGAGUUCGGCUUCCUGCUUCCUGAUCCUCUGACAGAGCUGCCAGAGCCCUACAGCCCCUGGAUGGAGGUUGCCCACGAGCUGCCCCAGCUGAUCGCCAGCCACCGGCUCCGCUCCCGCGUUCACCAGAUGCCGCAGCUGAGCACCCGGCACCUCCGAGGACGUGAGGAGCUGCACUUGGCACACCUGGUGCUCAGCUUCAUCACCAUGGGCUACGUCUGGCAGGAGGGCGAGGAGGGCACUGUGCAGGUCCUGCCCCGAAACCUCGCCGUCCCCUACUGGGAGGUCUCCGAGGCCCUGGGCCUCCCGCCCAUCCUCAGCCACGCAGACUUUGUGUUGGCCAACUGGAGGAGGAAGGACCCCAACGGGCCUCUGGAAAUCGAGAACCUGGACCCCAUCAUCACCCUGCCCGGGGGAGAGAGCCUGCGGGGCUUCGUCCUCGUCACCCUCCUGGUUGAGAAAGCAGCUGUGCCUGGUAUCAAGGCAAUCGUCAGGGCCCUUCAUGCCAUCCUGCAGCACGAUGAGGAGACCCUGCAGAGAGCCCUGGAGGAGCUGGCAGGGGCCAUCGAGGCCAUGAGGGAGGCACUGAGGCGGAUGCACGACCACGUGGAUCCUGCAGUGUUCUAUGCUGUGAUCCGCAUCUUUCUCUCUGGCUGGAAGGACAAUCCUGCCAUGCCGGCCGGGCUGGUCUAUGAGGGGGUGUCCGAGGAGCCCCUGGCGUUCUCGGGGGGCAGCGCAGCUCAGAGCACGGUCCUGCACGCCUUCGAUGAGCUGCUGGGGAUCCGCCACAGCCAGGACACCGCCUCCUUCCUGCACAGGAUGAGGAACUACAUGCCCCCGCCCCACAGAGCCUUCGUGGAGGAGAUCCAGCGUGGCCCGUCCCUGAGGCAGCACGUGCUGUCCCGCGGGGACGGGCGGCUCCGCGGGGCCUUCAACCGCUGCGUGUCUGCACUGACAGACUUCAGGUCCUACCACAUCACCGUGGUCACCAAGUACGUGGCCGUGGCGGCGGCCAAAGCCAGGGCCGGGCGGGCAGAGCCCGGUGCCAGGGCUGGCCCUGCCCUGGGGAAGGCCCCGUCUGCGCUGGAGGCCAAAGGCACGGGCGGGUCCCACAUCUUCAGCUUCCUCAAGAGCAUCAGGGACACCACCAGGGAGGGGAUGAUAAGUGCCUGAGGUGCCCCGAGGGUCGGCAGGGUACUGCCCAUGGUGGGUGCAGGAGGCCGGGCGGCCCCUCUGUCCGUCUGCAGCACAGGAGCCAAGGUCCAAAACCUCCCCUCGGCAGCAUCACUCCCACCCGUGCGUGUCUGGGACACGAGGAACGUGCUCGGGGCUGCCGAGGGAGGACAGUGCUGCUGCUUCCCCCCCUCCAGCAGGCACCCAGUGAGCUCAGCAUCCCCCCCACGGCCUGGAGACGGGUACAGUGUCCUCCCGUGGCACUGGCAUCAGCACAUCGUCCCAAGGUAGCAGGGUGGGUGCAGCUCCUCCCACGGCACCGGGAAGAGCCGCGUCCCUGCCAGCCCCGCCUGCUGCCAGCAGCACCCCAGGGGUCGGGGCUGCUGGGCACGGGGGGUUACACGGACGAAUAAAGCAGCGAAUCCCGAUCCAGCCGU